GGAGACGGUUUCUCCAUCUUUCCCCCCCUCCCCUUCCCCCCUCGGAGUUUCCCUCCCUCCCCUCCCUCCCUCCUUCCCAGUCUGGGCACCGGGGCCUGUGACCGUUUCGUUAGCGGAGAGGAGGCUGCCAGUCCGCUUCGGCGGGCCUGUGCCUGCGCCGUUCUCGGGGCCUCCCUGCUGAGCCCGAGGCUCACGCCGAGAGGGACACGCAGUGAGGAGCGGCCGAAGCAGCUUUGCGGUUUUGUGGUGCAUCCCUGAGCAUGAGCGCAGAAUGAAGCGACGUUUGGAUGACCAGGAGUCACCGGUGUAUGCGGCCCAGCAGCGUCGGAUCCCUGGUAGCACAGAGGCUUUUCCUCACCAGCACCGGGUGCUUGCCCCUGCCCCUCCUGUGUAUGAAGCAGUGUCCGAGACCAUGCAGUCAGCUACGGGAAUUCAGUACUCCGUGACACCCAGCUAUCAGGUUUCAGCAGUGCCGCAGAGCUCUGGCAGUCACGGGCCUACCAUCGCAGCGGUUCAUAGCAGUCAUCAUCACCCAGCAGCUGUGCAGCCCCAUGGAGGCCAGGUGGUCCAGAGUCAUGCUCAUCCCACCCCACCAGUUGCACCAGUGCAGGGACAGCAGCAGUUUCAGAGGCUUAAGGUGGAGGAUGCGCUGUCCUAUCUUGACCAGGUGAAGCUGCAAUUUGGUAGUCAGCCUCAGGUCUACAAUGAUUUCCUUGACAUCAUGAAGGAAUUUAAAUCUCAGAGCAUUGACACUCCAGGAGUGAUUAGUCGUGUGUCCCAGCUGUUCAAAGGCCACCCCGACCUGAUUAUGGGCUUCAAUACCUUCUUGCCCCCUGGCUACAAGAUUGAGGUGCAAACCAAUGACAUGGUGAACGUGACAACUCCUGGCCAGGUUCAUCAGAUCCCCACCCAUGGCAUCCAGCCCCAGCCUCAACCACCACCCCAACAUCCUUCCCAGCCUUCAGCCCAGUCAGCCCCAGCUCCUGCCCAGCCAGCUCCUCAGCCCCCACCUGCCAAAGUCAGCAAGCCUUCUCAACUACAAGCACAUACUCCAGCCAGUCAGCAGACUCCCCCUCUCCCACCAUAUGCAUCCCCGCGUUCUCCGCCUGUCCAGCCUCAUACACCAGUGACAAUCUCGUUGGGAACGGCCCCAUCCUUGCAGAACAAUCAGCCUGUUGAGUUUAAUCAUGCCAUCAACUAUGUUAAUAAAAUCAAGAACAGGUUCCAGGGCCAACCAGACAUCUACAAAGCGUUCCUGGAGAUUUUGCACACAUAUCAGAAGGAGCAACGAAAUGCCAAGGAAGCUGGAGGAAACUACACUCCAGCCUUGACUGAGCAGGAGGUAUAUGCCCAGGUGGCUCGUCUUUUUAAAAAUCAGGAAGAUCUGUUGUCAGAGUUUGGACAGUUCCUACCAGAUGCCAACAGCUCUGUGCUUUUAAGCAAAACAACUGCUGAGAAGGUUGAUUCCGUGAGAAAUGACCAUGGAGGCACUGUGAAGAAGCCCCAGCUGAACAACAAGCCACAGAGGCCCAACCAGAAUGGCUGCCAGAUCCGUCGGCACUCUGGAACAGGAACUACCCCUCCUGUAAAGAAGAAACCUAAACUGCUCAGCCUAAAGGAUUCUUCCAUGGCAGAUGCCAGCAAGCAUGGUGUAGGAACUGAAUCAUUAUUUUUUGAUAAGGUCCGAAAGGCUCUGCGGAGUGCAGAGGCCUAUGAGAAUUUCCUGCGCUGUCUUGUUAUCUUUAACCAGGAGGUGAUCUCUCGGGCUGAGCUUGUGCAGCUAGUCUCUCCUUUCCUGGGGAAAUUCCCUGAAUUGUUUAAUUGGUUUAAAAACUUUCUGGGCUAUAAGGAAUCUGUACAUCUGGAAACCUUUCCAAAGGAACGAGCCACAGAGGGUAUUGCCAUGGAGAUAGAUUAUGCCUCUUGUAAACGGUUGGGCUCCAGCUAUCGAGCCCUACCAAAGAGUUACCAGCAGCCCAAGUGUACAGGACGGACUCCUCUCUGUAAAGAGGUUUUGAAUGAUACUUGGGUUUCCUUCCCUUCCUGGUCUGAGGACUCCACCUUUGUUAGUUCCAAGAAAACCCAGUAUGAAGAACACAUCUAUCGUUGUGAAGAUGAACGCUUUGAGCUUGAUGUAGUUUUAGAGACCAAUCUGGCAACGAUCCGGGUUCUGGAAGCAAUACAGAAGAAGCUUUCUCGCUUGUCUGCUGAGGAACAAGCCAAAUUUCGCUUGGACAACACCCUUGGGGGCACGUCGGAAGUUAUUCAUCGAAAAGCACUCCAGAGGAUAUAUGCUGAUAAAGCAGCUGACAUCAUUGAUGGUCUGAGGAAGAACCCUUCCAUUGCCGUCCCAAUUGUCCUUAAAAGGUUGAAGAUGAAAGAGGAAGAAUGGCGAGAAGCUCAGAGAGGCUUUAACAAGGUGUGGAGAGAGCAAAAUGAGAAAUACUACCUGAAGUCUCUGGACCACCAGGGCAUCAACUUUAAACAGAACGACACCAAGGUCCUGAGGUCAAAGAGCUUACUCAACGAGAUUGAGAGUAUCUAUGAUGAGAGGCAAGAGCAGGCUACAGAAGACAAUGCCGGUGUACCUGUUGGCCCACACCUCUCCCUUGCCUACGAAGACAAACAGAUCCUGGAAGAUGCCGCUGCUUUGAUUAUCCACCACGUGAAGAGGCAGACAGGCAUUCAGAAGGAGGACAAGUAUAAAAUCAAGCAAAUCAUGCAUCAUUUCAUUCCAGAUCUGCUCUUUGCUCAGAGAGGUGAUCUCUCGGAUGUGGAGGAAGAGGAAGAAGAAGAGAUGGAUGUAGAUGAAGCCACAGGGGCGGCUAAGAAGCACAAUGGUGUUGGGGGCAGUCCCCCUAAGUCCAAGCUACUGUUUAGUAACACAGCAGCUCAGAAGUUAAGAGGGAUGGAUGAAGUAUACAACCUCUUCUAUGUUAAUAACAACUGGUAUAUCUUUAUGCGACUGCACCAGAUUCUCUGCUUGCGGCUGCUGAGGAUUUGUUCCCAAGCUGAACGGCAAAUUGAAGAAGAAAACCGAGAGAGAGAGUGGGAACGGGAAGUGCUGGGCAUAAAACGAGACAAGAGCGACAGCCCUGCCAUCCAGCUGCGUCUCAAAGAACCUAUGGAUGUUGAUGUAGAAGAUUAUUACCCAGCUUUCCUGGACAUGGUGCGGAGCCUGCUAGAUGGCAACAUAGACUCGUCGCAAUACGAAGAUUCGCUGAGAGAGAUGUUCACCAUUCAUGCCUACAUUGCCUUCACCAUGGACAAACUAAUCCAGAGCAUUGUCAGACAGCUGCAGCACAUCGUGAGUGAUGAAAUCUGUGUGCAGGUGACUGACCUCUACCUGGCAGAAAACAAUAAUGGGGCCACAGGAGGCCAGCUGAACACGCAGACUUCCAGGAGUCUCCUGGAGUCAACAUAUCAGCGGAAGGCUGAGCAACUCAUGUCAGAUGAGAAUUGCUUUAAGCUUAUGUUUAUUCAGAGCCAGGGCCAGGUUCAGCUGACCAUUGAGCUCCUGGACACAGAAGAGGAGAAUUCGGAUGACCCUGUGGAAGCGGAGCGUUGGUCAGACUAUGUGGAGCGAUACAUGAAUUCUGAUACUACCUCUCCUGAACUUCGUGAGCACCUGGCACGGAAACCAGUAUUUCUCCCAAGGAAUCUGAGGCGGAUCCGGAAAUGUCAGCGUGGUCGAGAACAGCAGGAAAAGGAAGGGAAGGAAGGAAACAGCAAGAAGACCAUGGAGAAUGUGGAUAGCCUGGAUAAACUGGAGUGUAGAUUCAAGUUGAAUUCCUACAAGAUGGUGUACGUGAUCAAGUCAGAGGACUACAUGUAUCGGAGAACUGCCUUGCUCCGGGCUCACCAGUCCCAUGAGCGUGUAAGCAAGCGGCUACAUCAGAGGUUCCAGGCCUGGGUAGAUAAAUGGACCAAGGAGCAUGUGCCCCGUGAAAUGGCAGCAGAGACCAGCAAGUGGCUCAUGGGUGAGGGGCUGGAGGGCCUGGUGCCCUGUACCACCACCUGUGACACAGAGACCCUGCACUUUGUGAGCAUUAACAAGUACCGUGUCAAAUAUGGCACAGUGUUCAAAGCCCCGUAACUGCAGAGCCAGAGCAGAUAACUUGAGGGGGGUGUGUGUGGGGAGCGCGUGCACUCACGCACACUGAAGAAACAAGGAAGAUGCCUUUCAAGCCUCACUGGGCCUCCCUGGGACAUGGCCACCUGAUCAGUGUGUGGCUGGUGCAACCUGGCACCAAGUGGGCUACAUAAAAGGAACGUGGAUACCUUACAAAGCUGGAGCUGGAACUUUUCCCAAGGGGUGUGGGGUAUUAGCCUGCCCUGGAGGGGAAGGAAAUCCAUGCAAGCACAGAGACAUGCAGCUUGCUUGCACACACCAGCAGAGCUAAGACUGGAGUCUCCUGGGUGGGGCCUGACCUUCGAUGAAGGAGCCAGAUGCUGUUCACACCUUGACUGGAUGGGCGUGCACUGACAGACUGGGGAAGGACUCACCGCUCGGAUCGAUUGUAACUCUGACGGUCACUGCUCCUCUCCUCUCCCCCCAAAAGGAAAAAAAACUGGAUUUGAUUUUUUUUUUUUUCCUGGUCACUCGAGCACAUCUAGAUCACCCGUUAGAUUUUAUCUGGGACCUGCAGUUUGGCUUUGGGAUUGAUCAUCUUGUGGGUUUUUCCUGACGAAUCCCUCGCUGCCCACCCUUUACACUCUCCUCUGGUUCUCAACCUCAGCAAGUUCAAAUCCGUCGUCCUUUUUAGCUCCCGUGGAACUGUUUUGUACCUGCUUCUUUACUAGUCUACCCUAGUGCCAUCCACCAGCUUUACUCUCUGACACAGACACACACACACACAC